CAUUAAGCCAUGAGUCUCGAGCGCCUCACUAUGACUGGGCUUUGCCAACACGCAGCCUCCCACAUCCGUACCGCCAAAUCUCACACCCUCCAAAGGCUACAAGCGUUACUGAAGCCUGUUCAGCUCUACAGCUGGAAUUAUUACCAUCAAGAUCGCUAGCUCGCGAAGUCACUCGGAAAUCGCCGCACACCACACCCUGACGCCAGCUGCCUGGCGAAGUCGACUGGGCAAUGGCUAGCGAGACGCCUGUCGGCAAUGGAGGGAGUGGGCAUGUGUACGUGUAUGCUCUGCACGACUUUGAAGCAGAGAAUCCGGACGAGGUGUCGUUCCAAGCUGGGCAAGCAGUCCUCGUUGUCGAGAAGGACGAUGCUUACGGCGACGGUUGGUGGCAGGGCACUAACAACAAAGGCGAGACAGGUCUGUUUCCAUUCAGCUACACCACCUUCGACAAGGAGUUGGCACAUCAAGCUCAGGUGGAUGCUCUCGCAGCUCUGAAUGGCUCUGGCGCUGUCAUGGGAAGCACAAUGGCGGACAUCGAUGCGGCACUUGCUCACUUGUCUAACGAAGACGUUCCCGGCGCCUCGCAGAACGGUGGCACUGCUCAGGGAAUCUCCAAGCCGGUCGACGGUCUGCCAAAAGGUCGUGCCAGCUUCGCGAGCGACCGCAGUGGCGACAUGAGCGUCGGAGAGACCGAGGAUGGAGUGGAUGCAGAAGCCGAGAUUGCCUCUAGGCAAGCGGCUCGAGCGGCACUCGCCAUCAAUGCCCAAAAAGCGGCGGAUGCAGCUUCCGCUGAUCAACGAGCAGCCGAGGAGCGCAAGCGAAACGAGGCGGCUAGAAUCUUUGCUGAGGAAGAAGAGCGGCAACGUCAGAAGCUGCUUGCCAAAGAGGCUGAACGAAAGAGAGAGUUGGAGCAGGGCACAUUGAAGGCCGACGUUAAGGAUGACAAAGUUGCCCCCAUUGCUGGUGUGGAGAUGAGCGAUGAAAGCGACUCGGAAGGAUCGGAUGCCGCUGGGCCCACCACCACCCAUGCGCCGCUGUUCGGCAACCUCGCACCUCAGCAAGCGCCUCAAGAAACGCAGCGGUCCUUAUCACCCAUCGCAAGUGCUUCUGGUCACGGGCACAACAAAGCGCUGGCUGGUGCUGCUGCAGCCGCCGGCGCUACUGCUGGAGCUGCUGGUGUCGCUUUGGCACAUUCGCAGAAGAACCAACAAGCUUCGCUGCAAAGCCCAAUCAGCCCCACAGACAGGCGUCCAUUUGAUCAAGGUAGCGCAAGCACCGCGACGGAUGCCGGCGCUCCAAGCACCACCGCCACGAAUACCGCAGCUACUAGCGUCGCCGGAGGUAGCGAGACUCCUAAGAGCGCAUCAGCUGCGGGCCCUGCACGAUUCGGACACUCGCUCUCGCCCACAAACAGCCAGAGGGACGGGGGACCGGGAGGGGACCCACACGAAUGGUCCGUUGAUCAGGUCGUGGAGUGGGGUCGUUCGAAAGGAUGGGAUGAGGCGUCAGUGGUAUCCAAAUUCGCAGAGCACGAAAUUUCUGGCGAUGUCCUGAUGGAGAUGGAUGUGAACAUUCUCAAAGAGAUCGAGAUCAUCGCUUUUGGCAAGCGGUUCCAGGUCGCCAACGCAAUCAAGGAGCUCAAGAAGCAGCUCGAUCUGCCUGUGUCGCCUGCCCCUGCUUCAGCCCAAAGUGCGACGCAACCUUGGGGCCUGGCAUCGACUCCCGCAAUGCGUACCGGCAGCCCCGCACCACCUAGCAGCGCUGGUGGUCAUGGUGGUGCUGUGCCUCCCUUUUCUGGCACCGCUUCCGCACCACCAACAGCGGGCGGCCUUUUCGCCGGCGUCCCAACGCAGUCAACUGCGUUCGGCCCUCCUCAGCACAGCAGCAGCUACGACCCUGCGAGCAUUGGACCAGCGCUUGGUAGUCGCGCAAGCAAUGAUUCGAAUGGAGUGUACCCCAGCGGCAUGCCGGGUGCGCCGCCCUCCAGUGGCAAGGGAUCUCGUGGUCUUGGUGAAAGCACCGAACAGGUCGACCAGCAACCCGAUUCUCCUUUAGCUGGCCUCGCGAGCGACAAAGGUGUUGACAAAAAGGUCAAGAGUCCUGGUCCGGCUUCCCCUCGCAAGCGUGAGACUGGCAGCAACGGCCGAGAAUCAGGUGCUGGUGAGCGAACAUCAUUCUUUGGCUUCCAGAACCGCAACAGGAAGCCGCCUCCACGAGUUGUGUCCGGCGCUUCUGCUGCAACCUCUGGCAGCUAUGAGGAAAGCUCGGGGGCCAAGGGGACACUUGGCCGUCUUGGCUUCUCUCGCCUCCGCGAGCGCAGUCAUCAGCCCCCCGAAGCUGCUCCAUCUAGCGACGCGAUCAAGGGAAAGAUCAGCCUUCCUACGAGCAGCCCAACCUACGACGCCAUGGGAGACACUGCGCGACGCAACAGGCAAAGUCAGCAAAGCGCGAGCUCUGGUGGCUAUCCCAACAGCGCUGGCCCGGGAGGCGCCUUUGGGCACGCAAAGCAGGCCAGCAUCGGCAGUGCAGGUCCUGCCGCUGGCGAUUGGUACGGACCCAACAGAGGCUCCAGCAACGAGCCACGCAGUCCCGGACAAGCUUCAGCUCCAACCGAAGGCCCUGUCAUGGCGCGAAUCAGGCCUGUCGACCUGGAAGGCUGGAUGAAGAAGAAGGGCGAGAGGUACAACAGCUGGAAACCUAGAUACUUGGCGCUCAAGGGCUCAGACCUGGUCAUACUCAGAGAUCCUGCUGCUCCCAAAAUCAAAGGCUACGUCAGCAUGAAAGGCUACAAGGUCAUCGCGGAUGAGAACACCAACCCUGGCAAGUACGGCUUCAAGAUUUUGCACGAAAAUGAGAAGCCGCACUACUUCUCUUCGGACGAUCCCGUGGUGGUUAGAGAAUGGAUGAAGGCGCUGAUGAAGUCCACCAUCGGCAGAGACAACACACUGCCUGUCAUUUCUUCAUAUAACAAUGCGACCAUCUCGCUCAAGGAAGCGCAACGAAUGAAUCCGCCACCACGUCCUCCAAGCCCGACGAGCCGCGCUCGAGCUCAAAGAGCGACAGCGCGUGCCAACAAGGAUCAGCUCACUGCGAAGGAUGCUAGUGUAUUGAUGGGACUCGGUCAACCCGCCAAUUUGAGGCAGGGCUAGUAAGUGCGCUUCGGUAUCCCCGACCACCCCUUCUGCCCCCACUUCUCGCGCCUCUCCGAAUCUGGAGACUUUGGAUCAGCUAUUCAAUUCUCUUCAACAGACGGAGAUUGUCCGGCGAGCUGCCAGGACAAGUGGCAGAGUCGCGGUCUUUUGCGAAAGAUCUGAUGCUGAGGAGAGACACGUGUUUGGGGACGCCGUAGAGGGGAGGCAUUCGAACUUACUAAAACACCUGUUGAACUGCGACUGCUGCGCUCUUGUCGGACCACACUCGAGCCCGCCUUUCCACUAUUUCCCCACACCACCAUACCCAGCCUUUGUCCACCAGACCCAUUGAUCCCCCCUUUGUUGUGGCAUCACUUGCGGGUGUGGAUGAUGCCCUAUGUAAACGCUCCUACGCCUAUGCUUUCCGUAUUCCAUGGGUUCGCUUCAAAAGCC